UCGUGCCGAUGCCAUGCGCCGAUGCCAUUCCCAGUUAAUGGGCCUGACCAGCAGCCAUGGGGAGAUUCGCUAACAUCGACACCCGAGACCCAGACGUUUUCGUGACCACCUGGUUCCUGGUCGUUGUUGCUGUGCUCAGUGUCCUGAUUCGGGUGGCGACUAAGUGCAGGGUCUUCCGGCAGUUGACCAGCGAUGAUUAUCUGAUAAUCGCAGCUUUGGCUCUUUGCAUUGCACAGUCCGGCGCGAUCUCCGCUGCAGUAGCGCACGGGUAUGGGGACCGAUUCACGACCGUUGCAAGUGCGGAUUUCGUCCAGGUCAUGAAGUGCCAGUACGCUGCCUCUAUCCUGUAUAUCGCAAGCCUCUGCCUGUCCAAGCUCUCGCUCUCAACAUUCAUCCACAACUUGACCCCAGUGCACAGAGACCACCUGCUGGCGGCUGUCCUGCUGGCCGUCAUCGCCCUUCUCGGUGUCACUGGUAUCAUCGGCACUGCGUUCCAAUGCCGCUUGCCACAUCCAUGGGAUUACUGGUGGCAGAAAUGCUUUGACUUGUGCGCCUGGGCUUAUUUCCUGUCCGCGGCGAACAUCGCCACCGAUGUCGCGAUUAUCGUGCAGGCUCUCCUCCUGAUCUUUGGCAUCCAGGCGGCAUGGAAGAAGAAGCUCAUGUUCGCCAGUAUUUUCCUCUCCAGAGUAUUCGUCAUCAUCCCGUUAAUCGCCGAGAUGGUCUUUACGCGCGAGGCCCGGAACCCGGAUUCCGACGACCCAACUUACGCCUCAUGCCUCGCGCAGAUCGCGUCACAGAUCGUGCAAUCCAUGAGUAUCCUCACCGCUUGUUGGGGCCAGGUUAACCCGUUCCUGAACCAGCUCAAGUCGAAUGGCCUGCGCAUCCGGGGCCUGGAAUACCAGUCUUCGGCGGGCACAGGGGGGAAGGGCCAAGCAUCGGCAUCUCGGUCUUCCGGGUAUUCGAGGGGCCAACAAAGCCGCGGUAAUCGCGUCAGAGGCGAUGACCACUACGAGCUUGUUCCCGUGACAGUAGGGCAGUCUGAGACGACUGUUGAGGCGGCGGCGUCGUCACAUGGGUGGGAUGCGGAUGCAGAUGGGUAUGCGGAUAGCCGGAGCUGCUCUAGUCGCACCGGCAUCAUCCGUGAGACUCGCACAUGGGAUGUGAGUGAUGGGAGUGGUCUCGGCUCUGGCUCGCGGGCAUGAUUGGAUUGAAUGGAGUUCAGGUUGAUUGAGGCUCUUUACGCGUUGCAUAAUUAGGAUACCCUACUACGCAUACUAAUGAUUUUAUAUUCUUC